CUGGUGGGGGCAGCGUGGGGCUUCCGGGGGAGGCAGCCACAGCAUCCGCGUUUUCAAGGGCCUUGUAGGCAGCAAGCCGGAGAAGAGGGAAUUUGAGAGGCCCGUGGAGACUCCCCCUACCCAGACCAGGACGUAGCUAGUUUCCGAACAGAAGACAUCGCUCAGAAGGGAUUUGGAUUAGGACUCAUUGGUGACUCACUGGUAGAACCCUCGCCUCCCACGCAGGAGACCCACAUUCGAUUUCUAGCCAUGCACAGCCACCACCCAUCUGUCACUAGAGGCUUGCGUGUUACUAUGAGGCUGAACAGGUUUCAGGGGAGCUUCCAGACUUAAGACUAGGAAGAAAGGCCUGGUGAUCUGCUUCUGAAAAUCAGCCAAUGAAAACCCCAUGGAUCACAGUGGUCCUCUCCACAUUGGGAUGGCACGAGACCCGGCAGCAUUUUGUUCCAUUGUCCACAGGGUCACCAAAAGUGAAGGCCAACUAGACAGCAGCUAACAACAACUCCAGCAAGAGGUCCUGAACAAAACUGAUAAGAUCUUCUAAAAAAGACCCUAUUUCCCCAAGCAGGGUCAUGUUCACAUGUAUGUAUCUUUUGGGAGGAUCCAUAACAAUACUAGAGAGCCUGGUUCCAAACCGAGUCAAAGACUGACAUCAAGAAUUCAAAGAGGGAUAGCGGGCUUGCCAAGUUGCUCCCAACCCAAACAAUAGAUAGCCAAGAUACUGAAGAACACGCCACUGGAAAAGAAUACUUUCAAGGCCACAGAUGAGGCAAAGGGGCUGUCUUUGAAAACACAGAGGCCUCUCGGAUUGGAAUUACCUGGCGGUCUCAGUGACAUUGCAGUCCCCCUCGGCGAAGGUGGAUUUGUUGGCCCCGCAUUGGAGACAACAGCAGGGGAGAGCAGAGCUUUAUUAUCACCAAGGCCACAGGACUCCUCUGGCUGGCCCCGUAGCUAGACUGCACUUCACAGAAGUCCAAGAGGGUGACCUCAGUGGGAUUUAGGUUUGGCCAAGUGGCCAGCAUGGUUUACAGUGACCCUUGCAACUGUCACUUGGCUCUGUGCACGGCGCUGGAAUCCAGAUGGAGAAAUGCUCAUAAAGAACCCAUGUGAUAAAUGGAUACGCAUUUCGGAGCAAUUUAAAUCUGUCAUUCCUAAUUGUACUUUUUUUUCCAAAAGCUUCUCUGCAGUAGUGUUAGAAAAAUGAGAGCUGGGGGAGAGGGGAAGCAAUAUCCUUCGGUAAUGCAGGAGGGGUAUGCCCUUCCAGAAUUUUCUGCCUUGGUACAAGUCAGGAACCACUGUGGAAUAAACUCUGAACAGAUAUGAGUAGGACUUUGGGUGACACGGGAGAUGUAUGACCAUGUCCUUGGACUCCAUUGCUGUUGAGUCGAUUCUGACUCAUAAUGACCCCAUGUGACAGAGUAGAACUGCCUCAUAGGAUUUCCAAGGCAGUAAUCUUUAUAGAAAGGAGUCAUGGUGGCACAGUGGUUAAGCACUUGGCUGCUAAGCGAAAGAUCGGCAGUUCAAACCCACCAACUGAUUUGUGGGAGAAAGAUGUGGCAGUCAGCUUCCAUAAAGAUUACAGCCUUGGAAACACUAUGGGGCAGUUCUACUCUGUCCUAUAGGGUUGCUAUGAGUUGGGAUCGACUCAAAGGCAAUGGGUUCGGUUUGGUUUCGGGUUUAAUCUUUACAGACACAGAGUGCCACAUCUUUCUCCCACAGAGCAGCUGGUCAAUGUAAACCGACAACCUUUCAGUUAGCACCGGAGUGCUUAACCACUGCACUGCCAGGGCUCCCUUGAGCUCUAGGCUCAAUAAAUGUGCCAUGCCCUAGAAUCCUGACUUCCUAGUUAGGCUUCCUCCUUUCCUAAAUGAUGCCAAGCCAAAGCAUUUUUAUUCAGCAGAAACUGUUGGCCCUUUGCCCAAGUAACCUGAAAGUAAGUGAAGGUAGCCACACCGCAAGAAGACUCAGGUAUAAACAUUAUCAGUAGCUUGGUGCCCAAGGAGAUGCCUUGGGGCAGGUGGGCAGUGCCCACGAUGACAGCAGAGAAGCCUGGCUGUGAGGUGAGAUGGGGAGGAGGUUGGGUGCCUAUGGAAUCUUGUUGUUGUUAGUUGCCGUCUAGUCAGCUCCAACUCACGGCGACCUUAUACACAACAGAAGAAAUGUGGCCAUAUCCAGCGCCACCUUCAUGAUUCUUGGUAUGUUUGAGUCCAUCGUUUCAGCCACCAUGUCAAUCCAUCUCAUGGAGGGUUUCCCUUGUUUUCACUGACCCUCCACUUUCCAACCAUGACAUCCUUUUCUAGCAAUGGCCUUUCCUGAUGACGUGUCCAAAGUACGGGAGCCAAAGUCUCACCAUCUUAGCUUCUAAGGAACAUUCUGGUUGUAUUUUUUCUAAUGGGGGCCAAACAAGGGAGAGAUGGGCUCCAGUGGGCAUUUUUGUGGAGGAUGAAGUGCGGAGAGGUUGAGUGGGAAACGAGGGGCAGGAGUGGAGGUUGGCUGACGCAGGUGGAAUACAUUGUCCUGUAUGUAUGCUGCAAGAGUUGAGCGUGUGGAUGGUGACGUAGAAUCUAUUAGUUACCAUUUCCUGGGCAAUGCCUUGUCUUCCUGAUGGUACUGCGAGUCCCUUAGAGUCACACAGUUUGUUUCAGUGCCCCACAACACUUUAUAGAUGGGCAGUUCUUAGUCCUUAGGAGCCUUGGUGGUGUGAUGGUUAAGCACCCACCUGCUAACCGAAAAGUCAGUGGUUCAGACCCACCAGUCGCUCCGUGGGAGAAAGACCUGGCAAUCUGCUCCCCUAAAGAUUUCAGCCUAGAAAACCCUAUGGGGAAGUUCUACUCUGCCACGUGGGAUUGCUAUGAGUCAGAAUCGAUUUGAUGGCACACAGCAACAACUUAGUCCUUAUUCAUUGAGGACUGGUUUUGUAUCCCAAAGAAGGGAAUGGGAAUGGGAAUAAACAGACAGAUAAGGGCAGUCUGUGGCUGGGACGAAUAUGACUUUUUUAGAAGGCUUGGGUCCUAUUUGUCACUUGUAUCUGUUAGGACUGUUUUCAGCUACAAGUAGUAGAAACACAGCCACCAGUUUAUACAUGUUGUUGUUGUGUGCCGUCUAAUCGAUUCCAACUCAUAGCGACCUUAUAAGACAGAGUAGAACUGCCCCAUGGGGCUUCCUAGGCCGUACUCUUUUAUGGGAGCAGAUCGCCAGGUCUUUUCUCCUGCUGAGCCACUCGUGGGUUCAAACCGCUGACCUUUUGGUUAGCAGCUGAGCACUUAACCACUGCGCCACCAGGGCUCCCUGGUUUAUACAUACCAGGGCUUUUAUUCUUCUCAUGAACUCACAGGCUAGCUGUCGAGGGCUGCCCUCAAUGGCCCAAUGUCCUUCUAACAUUCCAUUCAGUCAUCUUUAGAGUGCGGCCUUUGUCUUCAUGCUCACAAGAUGGCUGCGCCACUUCCAAGGAUUGCAUCUGUGGUCCAGAUCUCCGCCGUCCGAACUCCGGGUCCAGACUGAGACCAGCUCACGGAAAGACAAGGCCCAGCCAGAAAUAAUAGCAUAGCAGUUCCUGCCUGUUGAGCACUUACUGAAUGCCAGAAGGAAGAAGGCCGGAGAUGGACGACUACAUGGAGACGCUGAAGGAUGAGGAGGAUGCCUUGUGGGAGAAUGUCGAGUGCAACCGGCACAUGCUGAGCCGCUACAUCAACCCAGCCAAGCUCACCCCCUACCUGCGCCAGUGCAAGGUCAUCGACGAGCAGGACGAAGAUGAAGUGCUCAAUGCUCCCAUGCUGCCGUCCAAGAUCAACCGGGCAGGCCGGUUGUUGGACAUUCUCCAUACCAAGGGGCAAAGGGGCUAUGUGGUCUUCUUGGAGAGCCUGGAAUUUUACUACCCAGAACUCUACAAACUGGUGACUGGGAAGGAGCCCACCCGGAGAUUCUCCACCAUUGUGGUGGAGGAGGGCCACGAAGGCCUCACUCACUUCCUGAUGAACGAGGUCAUCAAGCUGCAGCAGCAGAUGAAGGCCAAGGACCUGCAGCGCUGCGAGCUGCUGGCCAAGUCUCGGCAGCUGGAGGACGAGAAGAAGCAGCUGACGCUGAUGCGGGUGGAGCUGCAGACCUUCCAGGAGCGGUACUACAAGAUGAAAGAGGAGCGAGAUGGCUACAACGACGAGCUGGUCAAGGUCAAGGAUGACAAUUACAAUUUGGCCAUGCGCUACGCCCAGCUCAGUGAGGAGAAGAACAUGGCAGUGAUGAGGAGCCGGGACCUCCAGCUCGAGAUUGACCAGCUAAAGCACAGGCUGAACAAGAUGGAGGAGGAAUGCAAGCUGGAGAGGAACCAGUCACUGAAGCUGAAGAACGACAUUGAGAACCGGCCCAAGAGGGAGCAGGUGCUGGAGCUGGAGCGGGAAAACGAGAUGCUCAAGACCAAAAUCCAGGAGCUGCAGUCCGUCAUCCAGGCUGGGAAGCGCAGUCUGCCAGACUCGGACAAGGCUAUCCUGGACAUCCUGGAACAUGACCGGAAGGAGGCCCUGGAGGACCGGCAAGAGCUGGUCAACAGAAUCUACAACCUGCAGGAGGAGGCCCGCCAGGCCGAGGAGCUGCGAGAUAAGUACCUGGAGGAGAAGGAGGACCUGGAGCUGAAGUGCUCGACGCUGGGCAAGGACUGUGAGAUGUACCGGCACCGCAUGAAUACCGUCAUGCUACAGCUAGAUGAGGUGGAGCGGGAGCGCGACCAGGCCUUCCACUCCCGGGACGAGGCCCAGACCCAGUACUCGCAGUGCCUCAUUGAGAAGGACAAGUACCGGAAGCAGAUCCGCGAGCUGGAGGAGAAGAACGACGAGAUGCGCAUUGAGAUGGUCCGGCGGGAGGCCUGCAUCGUCAACCUGGAGAGCAAGCUGCGCCGCCUCUCCAAGGACAGCGGCACCCUCGACCAGAGCCUGCCCCGGAACCUACCGGUGACCAUCAUCUCGCAGAGCUUCGGGGAUGCCAGCCCCAGGACCAACGGUCAGGAAGCGGAUGAUUCCUCGACAUCAGAGGAGUCCCCUGAAGAUAACAAGUACUUCCUGCCCUACCACCCACCCAAGCGCAGGAUGAACCUGAAGGGCAUCCAGCUGCAAAGAGCCAAGUCCCCCAUCAGCCUGAAGCGAGCAUCAGAUCUUCAAGCAGGCCGCGGCCAUGAAGAAGAUGACCUGGACGCCAGCCCCAGCUCCUCCAGCUCUCUGCCCUCCAACAGUGCCUUUGCGAAGAUGCCACCCCAUCGGAACCGGAACAGCAUCAUGUCCAUCACUGCCGAGCCCCCAGGGAAUGACUCCAUCGUCAGGCGCUACAAGGAAGACGCGCCCCAUCGCAGCACAGUUGAAGAAGACAACGACAGCGGUGGAUUUGAUGCCUUGGAUCUCGACGAUGACAGUCACGAACGCUACUCCUUCGGGCCCCCCUCCAUCCAUUCCUCCUCCUCCUCCCACCAGUCUGAGGGCCUGGACGCCUAUGACCUGGAGCAGGUCAACCUAAUGUUCAGGAAGUUCUCUCUAGAAAGGCCCUUCCGCCCAUCGGUCACAUCCGGGGGACACCUGCGGGGCCCGGGGUCCACGGUGCAGCAUGCCACGCUGAGCGGGGACGGCCUCAUUACCCAGCUCACUGUACUGGGCGGCAAUGCUUCAGGCAGCUUCAUCCACUCCGUGAAGCCAGGCUCCCUGGCUGAGAAGGCCGGCCUGCGCGAGGGCCACCAGCUGCUGCUGCUGGAAGGCUGCAUCAGAGGCGAGCGGCAGAACGUGCCCCUGGACACGUGCACCAAGGAGGAGGCCCGCUGGACCAUCCAGCGGUGCAGCGGCCCCGUCACCCUGCACUACAAGGUCAACCAUGAAGGGUAUCGGAAGCUGUUGAAGGACAUGGAGGAGGGCCUCAUCACAUCGGGGGACUCCUUCUACAUUCGACUGAACCUGAACAUCUCCAGCCAGCUGGACGCCUGCUCCAUGUCCCUCAAGUGUGACGACGUCGUGCACGUCCGCGACACCAUGUACCAGGACAGAUACGAGUGGUUGUGUGCACGGGUUGACCCCUUCACGGACCACGACCUGGACAUGGGCACCAUACCCAGCUACAGCCGAGCCCAGCAACUCCUCCUGGUCAAGCUGCAGCGGCUAAUGCACAAGGGCGGCCGGGAGGAGGCAGACAGCACCCACCACACCCUGAGGGCACUGCGGAACACCCUGCAGCCCGAGGAGCCCUUGUCCACGAGUGACCCCCGCGUCAGUCCCCGGCUCUCACGAGCAAGCUUCCUUUUUGGCCAGCUCCUCCAGUUUGUCAGCAGGUCGGAGAACAAGUACAAGCGCAUGAACAGCCAUGAGCGGGUUCGCAUCAUCUCUGGAGGCCAGCCAGGGAGCCUGGGCCGGGCAUCACUGGACGUCACCAAGCUCCUGAGCGAGAAGCAGGAAGACGUGGAGCCAGAGAGUGAGCUCAGCAGAAACCUCAGCCUGAUCCCCUACAGCCUGGUGCGCCCCUUCUCCUGCAUACGCCGCCGGCCAGUGCUCUUCUCGCCCUCCAUGCUGGCCAAGACGCUGGUGCAGAAGCUGCUCAACUCGGGAGGCGCCAUGGAGUUCACCAUGUGCAAGCCAGAUGUCGUCACAAGAGACGAGUUUCUCAGGAAGCAGAAGACUGAGACCAUCAUCUACUUCCGAGAGAAGAACCCAAACACUUUUGAAUGCAUCGUCCCCACCAACAUCGAGGCCGUGGCCGCUAAGAACAAGCACUGUCUGCUGGAGGCAGGGAUCAGCUGCACAAGAGACCUGAUCAGGUCCAAGAUCUACCCCAUCGUGCUCUUCAUCCGUGUGUCUGAGAAGAACAUCAAGAGGUUCAGGAAGCUUCUCCCCCGGCCAGAGACGGAGGAGGAGUUUCUGCGCCUGUGCCGGCUGAAGGAGAAGGAGCUGGAGGCCCUGCCGUGCCUGUACGCCACGGUGGAGGCCGACAUGUGGGGCAGCGUGGAGGAGCUGCUUCGAGUCAUCAAGGACAAGAUUGGCGAGGAGCAGCGCAAAACUGUCUGGGUGGACGAAGAUCAGCUGUGAGGCGAUGGCACCCUGGGUCUAUGCAGACUCAAGGAGGGUCCACGCAGACUCGAGGGACGUCUACCCACCAUGUAAUGCUGUGGGUGGGGCGUUCUGUGGCCCUAGAGCAGCCACCCCCUGGGGACAGGUGCCACCGUAGGGACAGACAUACCUGGGGAGGGGCAGGGAGUCGUGAUUCCACCCCCAGCCUCCUAGGCUGAGUCAUUGGUCCCUGCUGGCAUACUCUGGGAGACAGGGCCAGACGGAGGACGCCCAGCCAGAGCCCCCAGCCAGUGGGCGCCUCUCAGGCUGGAACAGCAGUUGAAUGUAAUGCAUGGCACAGGUGCACCACCUGGACAGGUGUGGGGCAGGUAUACCACCUGGACAGGUGUGGGGCGGGUGCGCCACCUGGACAGGUGUGGGGCGGGUGCGCCACCUGGACAGGUGUGGGGAAGGUGCGCCACCUGGACCAGAGGCCAGGACACUGCCAGUUCUCAGUUACACGACAAGCACAUUCCCAGCCAGGACAGGUCUGGGGGGUGGGGGCAGUGUGCUGUGCUGUUGUUUUUCUUGCAUUAAAUAUCCAUAUUCCUUGGUUUUCUACCAUUUUGUUUAACAGUUGGCAGGGGUUUCUGCUCUUGCCACCUUCCUAACAGGGAAGCCACCCCAGCAAGCUCAGUUUAGGCCCAGAGUAGGCUCGGGGGAA